AUGUGGGCUCCAUCGCGUGCACUCCUGUCAGCUCACAGCGGCUAUCAUAACUUGGCCUGGGGCGAUAUUCAAAACACCCUCACAACAGAUGAGAUCAACGCCGGUGAUGCAAAGGAUCCCAAUGGUGUCAAGAACAAUGAUCAUCCCAAGGUGUACGUGUCUUGGUCGAAGCACGCGAAUUUCGACACUCGUAAUACUGGCUGGAAUGAUCCGGCCAGUCAGUCUUUGGAGGAUGCGUUCCGCAGUCAAGAUUGGCGGUACUUUGUGGAACCUCAAUAUUAUGUCCGUUAUCCCUUAUUUUAG